ACUAUUUGUGCAAAUUUACUAAAAAAUGAGAAAUAUAAUACAGAAACUAUUGAACUUAUUAAGUUAAAAAAUUAAACCACAAAAUUUACCUUUACUUCAGAAAGGUAUUCAAGGAGUAAUUGUUAGUAUUUCCAGUCAUGGGAAACGGUGCUAGCAAAUAUAGUAAACGGGGGAAAAUACAAACAUCAUCAACAGCUGCAGGGGACGAACAAUGUGUUACACGAAAAGCUACAACUAGCAUUGAUAGUAACGAUGUGCAUAGCGACGGCAAUGAUGUGUUAAUCGUAGCUUCUAAAUCAGGACACACAAAAAUAGUGGAAUAUUUACUGCAAAGUGGUAGCGACGUUAAUGCUGUUGGGGAAAAUGGGUGGAAUUCUUUGAUGUUCGCCUCUGAAAGAGGACAUGAACAAAUUGUAGAACUAUUAAUUAAAAAUGGAAGUGAUAUCAACGCUAUUGAAAAUGGCGGUUUAAAUGCAUUGAUGAUAGCCUCAAAAAAUGGCCAUGAAGAAAUUGUUGAACAUUUAAUUAAACAUGGGUGUGAUUUUAAAGUUGUUAGCAAUAAAGGAAAGAAUGCAUUAAUGUAUGCCUCUAAAAAUGGUCAUAAAGAUAUUAUAGAUCUUCUAAUAAAAAGUGGCAGUGAUAUCAAAGCUGUUAACAAUGAAGGAUGGAAUGCAUUAAUGAUAGCCUCUAGAUACGGACAUGAAAAAACUGUAGAACUUUUAAUUAAAUGUGGCAGUGAUAUUAAAGCUGUCAAAGAGGAUGGAUGGAAUGCAUUAAUGCUAGCCUCUUAUAAUGGACACGAACAAAUUGUAGAACUGUUAAUUAAAAAAGGCAGUGAUAUUAAAGCUCUUAACAAUCAAGGAUGGAAUGCAUUAAUGCUAGCCUCUGAAAAUGGACAUAAAAAUGUUGUACAUUUUCUAAUUAAAAGUGGAAGUGAUAUUAACGUUGUUGACAGACAUAGAGAGAAUGCAUUAAUGAUAGCCUGUAGACAUGGACACGAAACUGUAGAACUAUUAAUUCAAAAUGGAUGUGAUGUUUCAUUUGUUAACAUUGAUGGGUGGAAUGCAUUAAUGAUAGCAUCUUAUUAUGGAUACGACAAAAUUGAACUUUUAAUUAAAAGUGGGUUCGAAGUUAAAACCGUUGACAAUGAGGGUUUGAAUGCUUUAAUGUUAGCCUCUGAGGCUGGACAUGAAAAAAUUGUAGAACUAUUAAUUAAACAUGGGAGUGAUGUUAAUUAUGCUGCUCUAAAUGACGGGAUGAAUGCGUUAAUAGCGGCCUCUAAGUUCGGACAUGUGGGUGUUGUAGAGCUUUUGAUUAAACAUGGCAGUGAUCUUGAAUAUUGUGCAGAUGGAGGAUGGCGUGCAUUAACGAUGGCCUCUUACAAAGGGCAUGAGAAAACCGUAGAACUUUUACUUAGUAGUGGGGCUAAUAUUAAUGCUGUUAACAAUGAAGGGUGGAAUGCACUAAUGUUCGCAUCAGAAAGCGGACAUGAAGGAGUUGUUAAAAUUUUAAUAAAAAGUGGGAUUGAUAUUAACGCUGCUAAAAAAAACGGAUUAAAUGCAUUAAUGAUAGCCUGUAUCAAUGGUCAUGAAAAAACACUAAAACAAUUAAUUAAAAGCGGCAGUGAUAUUAACGCUGCUGCUAUUGACGGAAUGAGGGCGAUAAUGAUGGCCUCUCAAAAUGGACAUGCUAAAGUUGUAAAAAAGUUGCUUAAAAGUGGAAGUGACAUUAAUGCGAUUGAAAAUGAUGGUUUGAGCGCAUUAAUGUAUGCCUCUGCCAACGGGCAUAAAGAUAUUGUUGAACUUUUAAUUAAAAAUGGCAGUGAUGUUAAAGUUGUUUCCAAUGAUGGCUGGAAUGCAUUAAUGUACGCCUCUAGAAAAGGAGAUGAAAAAGUUGUAGAACUUUUAGUUCAAAAUGGCAGUGAUAUAAACUAUGUUACGAAAUAUGGUAUAAGCGCAUACAAAAUAGCUUCUAUCAGAGGACAUGAAAACAUUGUAGAAUUUUUAGUCAAAAGUGGAUGUGAUGUUACAACUACUAAAGACGACGGAUUUAUUGAAAGAUUACAAAAAGACGAAAGCGGGGCAGAAGCUUUACUCCAAAAAGUUAAUGUGUCUCUGGUCUCUUCUGCAAAUGGAAUGCCAUCGGUAAACAAUGAUGAAUUGAUAGGAACACAAUAUGCAGAAACUGUUAAUCAAAGAAAGCCAGUUCGUGGCCAGCUACAAGACAACCAUUUUAAAUUACUCCAGAAGGAGACAUUGUAUUUACUUCAGGAAAUAGACGCUGAAUUUUUAAUUGACCAUCUUUUUUCUAAAUGCGUCAUCAGUUUAGAUGAUCGUCAUAAAGUUAGGGCUGAGAAAACACCAAGGGAGCGAACUCGUGUUUUUUUAGACAUUUUAUUUCAUUCAGGACCUGAGAGGGCUUUUCCGGAAUUUUUGGUUAGUCUAGAAACGGAAUAUCCACAUGUUGCAGAGCGACUAAGGAAACAAUUGUAACCUUGUUUAAAGAUUUAGUCA